AUGCGUGAAGCACUCGAAAGCUCCGGGCAAGUGAAGGAAGAGCCCGGCGGAUACGAGGAAGCGGACGCCGCCGGCUACACAGUAAUUCGGCGACGCUCGUCAUGCGAUGAAACAUCGAAGCAGCCGCAGCGGCCGCGUCGAGGCAGCAUGUCAGCACUAUCGCAUAGCAGUAGCUUGCUGGCUUCGAUUUCGCCAGCGCCAUCGUCUAGCGUGCCGCCCGGCUUUCAGCCCCUUCCAGCGGCAUCACGAGUGACGCUGCGUCCGCCGCCCGGCUUAACGCCCGCGGCCUCCGGCUGGGUGGCCAAAGCUGCUGUACCGGCGGAACACACUAGCAAGCUUGAGGAACCGCCCGUUGAGGCGUUCAACUCAGCCGUGCAGGACGACCGCAAAGACGACGAUGAUGAUUUGCUUACGCGCCUUGGAGUGACCCUCUGA